AUGUCUUCAGGAUAUCAAGAGAAAAGUCGCAAGUUAUAUAUUGGCGGUUUAGUGGAAAAUGUGCUGAAAGAUGACUUAGUUCGUGAACUAUCUAAGUGUGGGGAAUUAGUUGAUGUGUGGGUUGCCAGAAACCCACCGGGGUUCGCAUUUGCUGAAUAUGUCAAGUCGUCAGAUGCAGAAAAAGCAGUAAGAUCGCUUGAUGGUGUCAAUGUUUGUGGGUCGAGAAUACGCGUGGAAUUCGCUCAUGGUGGUCGUCAAAAAAGCGUUGGCGGUUCAGGUUUUCGUGGUGGUCGACCAGGCGGCAGAGGAUCUAUUAAACGUCGAAGUCCUCGUCGAAGCGGAAGGAAUUCUUCAUACGACGGUCAUCGUUAUUCAGACUACGAUCAGUUUUCAUCCUUCCACACAUCAGAAGUUGCUAAUGCUGCUGCGGCUGCAGCUGCCGCGGGUUUCCCCUACGGUGUGUCAGGUUAUCCAUCGGUACUGCCCUUCCUCCAGUCUGAAGACUUUAUACGGAGUCUCCAAAGUCAGUCUCGUCGUCGUUUAUCUCCUGGACGAAUUCCGUUCGCGAUGAAUCAGCGAGGACGCUCUCCAGUAUCACGACGAAGAAGUCGAAGCCCGUUAGGCGCACCAGGAGGUAGACCACGUGGUCGAAGCCCUCCAGUCUCCUACGAUGGUAGAAGUGCUAGUCGUCACCUUGUUAUGCGUGGCCGUGGAGGGUAUGGAGAUUUCUCACGUCCUCGAGUGCCUAGAGAACCACGCGGAGCUUAUUCGCCGCCCUACAUUGGAGAUAUGAAUGGUAGACGCGAUGAAUCACGUGCAAGGACUGGCAGAGAUGACCGUCGUCGACGUUAA